AUGAAGCUUGAUCUGUCAACAUGGUUUCUCUGGAUUAUGCUCUUCGUGCAGUUGGUGUACGCUCAGCCACCUAUCAAGCCUAGUAAUGAACGUAAUGGAACGAAUUUGGUGUGCUUUCCCUUUGGAACGUGCGAGCCUUGCCCCGAAGAUGCCUUGCACGAGCCGUUUUGCCAACCCUUCGGUAAUCGACGCCUCAUGCACUGUGUUCCCGUGUCCACUGCCGGAGGUCCGCCCACUUCCGUCACACACAUCCAUUCCCCGACGGAGGCGAUUCGCGGCGAAAUCCCAGCAUGGGAAUCCUGUGGUCGAAUAGUCGAACAGGAGCGCGCUGACUUCUACGAAUUUUUCGCCUGCAACCUCUUCAUAGCCAUCAUCGCCAUCACUGUUGUCCUUGCUCGGUCCAAGAGGUUACAAGCCAUUCAAGCGAGGCAGCUAGCGGCUCGCAUAGGACUGGUCAGAUCUGUACCCGGUGGAUGGAGCAGUAGCUGA